ACAGACAAGGAUGAUAAAAUCAAGACGGUUGAAGAACUCCUUGAAACGGGACUCAUAGAGAUGGCCAAUAAGGAAGAUGAGCUGAAGGGUUCCUUUGCAUUGUUAGUGGAAGAACUGCAAAAAGUAAUCAGUGAAAAGGAUGGGAAGAUCAGGUCCGUGGAGGAGCUCCUGCAGGCCGAAGUCCUGAAGGUGACGACCAAGGAGAAGACAGUCCAGGCCUUGUCGCAGGAAGUAGAGGCUCUGAGAGAAGAUGUAGGGAAGGCCCAGCUUGAGAAGGACGCCCAGAUAUCAGUUGCACAAGAAGUCAAAGAUCUUCAGAAUCUGUUGAAAGGGAAAGAGGAGCAGGUGAGAAAUAUGGAGCUGUUACUGAAAGAGAAGGAGAGAGAGAUUGCAAAGAUGGCAGAGCAGUUUCAGGCUUCUACAGCGUCAGCCAAUAAGGACUUGGAAACUCUGUUGAAAGGGAAGCAAGGGGAAAUACACAAAAUGGAGGCCUUGUUGGACGAGAGGGGGAAGGAAACGGCUCAGCGGCAGAAAGAGUUGCAGACCAUACAGGAGGAGAAUCGGUUGUUAAGAGCACAGAUUCAGGAAAUGAAGCAAGAGAAUGGAGAACAGGAAUCUCUGGCAAGCAAGAACGAACAGCUUCUGCAGCUCAUUUCAGGGAAAGAGCGAGAGAUCGCUGGCCUAGAGAAGGAGUUGGGCAUCAUGAAGCAGGCCGUGGAGCAGCAGAGGCAAAAAAACAAUGACCUUCGGGAGAAAAACUGGAAAGCCAUGGAAGCAUUGGCCUCGACAGAAAAAUUGCUGCAGGACAGAGAGACCAAGACGGCCAAGGAGAGGCAGCAGUCUGUGGAGACGGCCGAAAAGGAGACGCGAGCUGCCCUUCAGAAACUGUUUCCCGCCGUGUCUCUUUCUUCCACUUUGAAUGUGGAAUCGCCUCGGCGCCGCGCCGACACCGCCUCGGUACCGAUCUGCAUCUAA